UCUACCCUUAACUUAAUAUUCUCCUCAUCAGCAGAUUCCCUAAAACACCAUCUUUCUGCCACUUUCUCUUCAUUGCUUUCCAAGCCAAGAAUCUCUCUGAUUCCUCUCCUCAUCUCUUCACUUUUUCAACCACUAUUAACCAUCCAUCUACAAUGCCUCUUCUUUUCCAUCUCUCUCUCUUUGUGUCAUUUUCAUUCUUCUUCUUCUUCCUCCUCCUCCUCUUCCUUCUCCCCUCACUCUCCCACCCUUAUGGCUCCUUCUUCUGAUCAUAUCAAUCAUCUUUCUCAUCCAUGUAUAUAUGGGGAUUAUGUGUCUUCACACCCAGAGAGAAAGUCUGGUUUCAUGAAAUGGCUCAGUAAGCUUUUCAAAGGUGGGUCCAAUAGAGGAAGGAGUGGUCGUCAUCAUUAUGAUUCUGCAGAGGAAGGCAUGUCUUGGCGUGCUCCAUCUAGAGCUUUGGAUAAGAUGUGUUGAACAAUACUAUUGAUGUAAUUAGGAUGAUCGUGCUAGAGCUCAGAAGGAGAAAGAGGAUUUGGGCCAUGCAAUGUCACUUUCUUCAGCUGAAGAUAUGAAGAGACCAAAUGCUCAUCAAGGAUAUAGGUGGGGGGAAGAAAAUAAUGAAGAUUAUGGAAAGGCACUUCAUGAUAACUUUAACUCAUCUGCACACCCUCCUUAUGCACCUGCACCAUUUUAUCCCAAUGAAUAUAGAAGACUAUGCGGUGGCUGCAAUCAGGAGAUAAUCUAUGGAAAUUGUUUAGGCUGCAUGGAUACUUAUUUUCAUCCAGACUGCUUUCGAUGCCACUCUUGUCGUUCUCCCAUUACCGAGCGCGAGUUUUCUUUGUCAGGGAAGCAUCCAUAUCACAAAUCUUGUUUUAAAGAGUUGACUCACCCAAAAUGUGAAGUUUGCUUCCAAUUUAUUCCUAUAAAUGCUGCUGGUUUGAUUGAGUAUAGAUGCCACCCCUUUUGGUCCCAAAAGUAUUGUCCAUCUCAUGAAUAUGAUAACACAGCUCGCUGCUGUAGUUGUGAAAGAUUAGAGCCACGGAAUACGAAAUACUAUAGACUCGAGGACGGGCGAAGCUUGUGCUUAGAGUGCAUGGAAUCUGCUAUAAUGGAUACUGGUGACUGUCAGCCUCUAUACCAUUCAAUCAGAGAUUAUUAUGAAGGAAUGCAUAUGAGAAUUGAUCAGCAAGUUCCUAUGCUUCUUGUUGAAAGAGAAGCGCUAAAUGAUGCUAUUGUUGGAGAGAAGACUGGAUUUCAUCAUUUGCCAGAAACAAGGGGUUUAUGCCUUUCAGAAGAGCAAACUGUAACCAGUAUACAUAGAAGGCCAAGAAUUGGAGGCCAUAGACUUAUUGGGAUGAGAACUCAACCUCAAAAGCUGAUAAGAAAAUGUGAAGUUACAGCAAUUCUUGUUCUAUAUGGUCUACCAAGGUUACUAACGGGUGCUAUACUAGCCCAUGAGUUGAUGCAUGCAUGGUUACGCCUUAAAGGUUAUCGCAAUCUCAGUCCUGAAGUAGAGGAAGGCAUAUGUCAGGUUCUGUCAUAUAUGUGGCUUGAGUCAGAAGUUAUGCCAACAACAAACUCACAUUGCAUGGCAUCAACAUCCACAGCUGUUGCUUCUUCCUCAAAGAAAGGUGCAAAGUCUCAUGUUGAAAACAAAUUGGGUGAAUUCUUCAAGAAUCAAAUUGUCAAUGAUUCUUCUCCAGCUUAUGGUGGUGGUUUUAGAGCUGCAAAUGAAGCUGUUAAUAAAUAUGGUCUACGUAGUACUCUCGAACAUAUUCGUUUGACUGGUUUUUUCCCUGUGUAAUAAGAACACAUGUUCUCUAAUAAGUAUGGAUUGAAAAGCUUGUUGUCUUCUUUUUAAUUGUUCUACAAGUGACUAUUGGUCUUUUUUAUCCAACUUGGUCUCUUGUAUUGCUUCAAAACUCAGGGCAGACAGACGCUCGGACAACUUCUAUAUGGUCUUGUGAGGAUGUCAGAGUACAAUUGACAAAAAAAAUUAUGUAUUCUCUACUUUCAUUUCCUAAUGUAUUUAGCUUAUUAUUUUCAUCAAUGAA